AUGGGCAAGUCAAGCAAACGAAAUAUCGCCGAGGUCGAGGCCGAUACCUAUGAAUCUGAUGAUGGGUUCGUCUCUAAUGACGAUGGCAAGGCGCCCAAGAGUAAGAAAACAAAGAAGGAGAAGCAGCCAGGCCGCAAGGAAAAGGAUGGGAGCAAUAACAAAUUCUGGACUCUUUCGUCGGGCAGAACCCCUCGGAGAGUCGAGAUCUCGGACUUCAAGGACAUGAAGCUCAUCAACAUACGGGAAUUCUACGAGAAGGAUGACACGUACCUGCCUGGAAAAAAGGGUAUCUCUUUGACUGUUGAUCAAUACAGUGCGUUUCUGAGGGCAAUCCCCGAGAUCAACGCAAGCUUGAAAAAGGCUGGCAUUGACGUUUCUGGCCCUGCGGAGGAGGAGAAUGAUGGCGAAUCCGAGACCGAGAGAAAGCCCCCGAAGAAGAUUAAGGCCAAGAAGGAAAAUAUCGAGGCUACAAGUGAUGAAGAAGACUGA